GUUUCCAUUAGGCAACUAAUUGACAGAUCUCUUUGUCAAAUAGUUUUAAAUACGAGAAUUAACUUUUCAUAUAUCUAGUUUAUAAACAUUUAGGAUUGCGUAAAAUAUUAACUACUACACAUGAAUAAAACAGUAAAUAUUAUAUAUCCAAGAAGAAGACAAACUGCUAAAGACGUAAAAGUUAUAGGUUUACAAGAACCGGUAAGAAGAACCAUGUAUGAUAUAGUAAAAGACAACUUUAGGACUAUUCAAAGAACUGAUUUCCUCAUGCGUCUCAUAUACAUCGGAGAACAUACUUUUUCAAAAUCGGAUAACACGCUGAAUGAUUUUUUUUUAGAAACUGUUACAAGGGCCAAUGACAAUUUCCAGUGCAGCGAAAAAAUAACAGGCCUUUUAGUGCGGUAUGCUAAACAUUUUAUUCAUGUUUUAGAAGGGGAUGAGAUUGCUAUUCAUCUGCAUUUAAAGUAUUUAUAUAAAAGCGAAACCCAUCUACAGAAGUUAAAAAACAUGAAAUUACUAGUACAGAUUAAUCAUUGUCAUUCGAGACUAUUGAGCGACUGGCAAACAUACACUGCAAAUCCCUCGAUGUUACUGGAAACCAUCGAUGCUGAAAAUAUUCAAGAGGAGACUGGUCGGCAGAUUUUUGUAUGCGUCAAAAAAAUGUAUGAUCUGGUCGAGAAAAUGUCCGUGAGAUCUAGUGGAAUAAUGAGAAGUAGUGAACUGGGAUCAUUUCAAUUAGAUAGUAUGUCCCUUCGAGAAAGGAGCAGUCUGUAUGUCCGAUCUAGUAUGAUAGGGGGUUCUCUCAACUACGUUGAAUAUUAUCAAAAAGAAUUACCAGAAAUAGAAAGACUAGAAUUUUUAUUAAAAUCUCCAUUUCCUAUCGACCUUACAGCGUUUAAGGAAAUAUUUGGAGUUGUACCUCAGAGGGAUAUCUACAAAGACAAGGUGUGGCCGGUUCCAGCGGAUUUUAUUCCAUACGAUAUUUUUGAUCAGCUUUACGACAUUAGACUUGAUAUGCCAAAGCCUGGAGUUAAGGAGGUUUCAAAUUCUGACGUGGAGGAGGAACAUUUAUUAGAGGUAGAUGACGACACAAAUGAAGAAAAAACCGAUUAAUAUAAAAAUAUUAAGUAAUAUCGGCAGUAGAAUUUUACAGAUCCUCAAAGAUAAAUAUACUAAGAUAUCCAUUUUGGUAAUCUAUAUUAAUUGUUUAUUUUAAUGCAGGAUAUAAAUAUAUGUAAAUGUUUUAUA